AUGACACUUGUGAAGUUGAAUUCUUUUCUGAAUCUUCUCUCCUUCUUUUGCUCAACUGAUCUUCAGUUUCUUCUGCUCUUUCUCUUUUCCUGCACCGAAUAUGAUAAUCAACAAUACAUAAUAUCUAUUGAGAAAGAAAUUCAACUUAUUAAAGACUUUAGCAGAGAUAUUGAAAUGACAAAGUUAUCAAUUAUUAAACUUCAAGAGAGUGUUUCUGAAAUGGAUGAAUCUACAAAGCGUGUCCAUAAGCAGUAUACCAUGAAUCGCGACAACUGUAUCAGCCUAAAGAAGACAUCAACUCUCCUUACACAGCACUUUGCAGCUCUGACAAAAAAACUUGAUACAUUUAUCUCUAAGUAUAAGGAAGAAAAAGAUGAAAAUCAGAAAAUAUUGGAUCAUUACUGGAAUAUCUGGAAAGAUUAUGAUGCCAAAUAUCAAACCCUCAGUUUUGUACAAGUGCUGGAGAAUAAAAUGAAAGAAUUUUCCAUUACAGAAGCUCAUUUGAAAGAUAAAAAACAGGAAAAACAAGAAUUGAUUACAAAUUUUGUCAAUUUGCAAGGUUCCAAACUAUUAAAUAAUCAAGAAUUACAGAGCAUCAGAAAGCAGAAAAAUAUUUCUCUGUUAGAAAGUAAAAUCAAGCAGAAGAAUAAAGAAAAGCAUGUAGAUAAUUCUUCCCCUGAAGAACCUGAGUUAAACAAGGAAAGUAUUCAACCAGAUAUGUGUUUAGCACCAGAAGAACCACAAAUUCCAGAAGAAAUGGAUGAUCAAUGUCUGGAUAAAGUUGGUAAUGAAUAUGUACCUUCAAAGCAAUUGCCAAGAUCUGAACCCAAAACUCAUUUUUCUUUACAACCUGAAAACUCUAGUAUUACUUAUGAAAAAAAUGUGUUGAUUUCAAAGACUUGUGAGAAGACCAGUCAAUCAUUCCAUGAUGCCAAUUUAUUCAAGCAACCAGAUAUUAGUUAUGCUAAGAACCAAAGGAGCACUGUCUUAAAUACUAAGCAGGUUUCACAGCCACUAGUUAGUAUUAUUAACACAGUUAUGCCUGAGGAUAUAAUGAGGUCUACAAAGACAAGUAUUAGUGAUACUGUAGAUAGACUUCCUAAUGCAGCUAGUAUUUCUAUGGUAUCUCUACAUUCACCUUUAAUCCAAAAUGGAAUGUUAAAGCAGACUGCUUCAGGAAACUGCAACCAACUAAAAGAUAACUCUGAUAAUAAAAUAACUCUAGUACCAUCAACAUCAGUUCACAAUUCUUGUGCAGAUAUUCAAGUUACUCAGUCUGUAAGUCUUGCAUCUCAGCAGAUCCCAGCAGUAUUAACUCCAUCCCAUUUUCCAUCAGAAGCACCGCAAACAUCACUUCCAAUAUCUAACAGUAAUUCUAAUUCUUCUCAGAUGACAACUUCAUCAAAACAACCACCUUUAUCUACAGCUCCUGAAAUUGCACAGAUUUCUGCAGAUAAUAAUGAAGGUACUUUGACUACAGUUGCACUUGGUGUUGGACAAAAAUUAUUUGAUUUUGAUGAACAUCAAAAGUUUCUGCAGAAAUUUCAUUCCUCUCCUGGUGCUCCAUCUCUCAGACAAAGACCCAUGUUCCAAAUGACAGAUCAAAAGACCAAUGAUGAAAAAGUUGAUGAAAAGACAAGAGUUGAAAAUCCAUUUUUUCUUCAAUCAUUUUUCACUGAACAGGAUGAAAUUUCUCAAUGUAAACAGACUCCAGUAUCUGCUAAAUCUUCUGAGACAACCUUUUUAUCACCUUACACAGAUCCUUUUCCUGGUUUUAAUCAGAAUUCUGGAAAUGAAACAGCAGCAAGUCCACUGGAUCUUGGAUUUAGCAAUUCACUUGGAGAAACAACAUCUGAAACUAACUUUUUUUCUUUUGAUGCUAAUUCUGAAUUUACUCAGACUGAAGAUUCUACAGUUAGUUUCACAUUCAACUUUAAUGCUUCAGAGCUGAUUGCCAGUGUCAAUUAUGAUAAAGUGGAAAGCAUCCAAAAGGUUGAGCGGCUGCCAUUAGAGAAAGAAAGAAAACGAGUAGCAGGUAAUGAUCCAUAG